AUGAGCGGCAACUCCAACGUCGGCAACCGACAGGUGUACGAGGCCGGUGACCAGAGGAACUACAAAGACUCCGAGAUCAACGAGGCCGAGCGCUACAAGGAGGGCAAGCCCAACAGCCAUCUCGCCCAAGACUCGAAGGACAACCGGACGAUAGCCAACAAGCUCGCUCGCGAGGAGAAGCGCGGUGAUGAGGAGGAGGACAACAAGAGUGAGGAGACGAAGCUGCACAAUAAGGAUCCUACGCUACCCGCCAGGUCUCACGGCAACGAGCCCAGCAAGGGGGCCAAGAUCGACAAGGAGCUGCAGGAUGAGGAAGAGGAGAUCCUGAAGAAGAAGGGCUCUUUUGGCCCCAAGGGCUCUUGA